GGAGACCCUGGCCAGAUCAUAGCAACAGUUGACCCAGCUCAGCCGUACUACAUGAUGAGUGCUGGACCACAAACCAACCAGGCCCCGAUGUACUGGAUGCCCGUGGUUGCUGUGCCGUAUGCAGCUAAUAUGGGACAGGUCAAUUUGGGUUGGUCACCAUCACAAGAUCCUUAUGGCCGAGACAUCCCUCAUUCAGGUGGGCACUUUUUGUGUGUUGCAGAUUAAUAAUUCUGUUUGCUUAAAAUUGUAUCAAAUACACAAAUACAUAAUGCAAGUUAAUAUUACUACAUUUCUGGGCUGUUGUUUAAGAUAUGAAGAUUUAAUAAAGAUAUGAAGAUUUAAUAAAGAUAUGAAGAUUUAAUAAAGAUAUGAAGAUUUAAUAAAGAUAUGAAGAUUUAAUAAAGAUAUGAAGAUUUCAUUUAGACAUGACUGUAAUUUUCCUGAGUGAAUUUUUGUGUGUAAAGUACAUAAACUAAAUCAGAAGAAUUUCAAGUUUUGAAAUUUGUUUUGAGCAUGCUUAGUAAGCCAUUGAAUGGAUGUGGAUAUCAUAUAUAGUAAGCCAUUAACCAGACAUGGAUCUCAUAUAUAGUAGCCAUUUAUCAGAUGUGGAUGUCAUAUAUAGUAAGCCAUUUAUCAGAUGUGGAUGUCAUAUAUAGUAAGCCAUUUAUCAGAUGUGGAUGUCGUAUAUAGUAAGCCAUUUAUCAGAUUUGGAUGUCGUAUAUAGUAAGCCAUUUAUCAGAUGUGGAUGUCAUAUAUAGUAAGCCAUUUAUCAGACGUGGAUGUCAUAUAUAGUAAGCCAUUUAUCAGACGUGGAUAUCAUAUAUAGUAAGCCAUUUAUCAGACGUGGAUGUCAUAUAUAGUAAAUCAUUGAAUGAAUGUGGAUAUGAUGUAUAUUUAUACUCAAAUUAUAAGUGGGCAAAUGUUGUGAAAUAUCCAUUUCUGCUAACUGGGUCAACUGAAAGUUAUGUAUGAAAUAACUGUAUAGACCACUCUGAUGUUGCCAGCUGUAUAUUGUUGGGGUCAGUUUGACAAAUAAUCAAUAUUAUUUUUGGGCAUGUCACCUGUUCAAAUAAUAGUUAUUACUAAAACUAUAGCCGAAAGGCUUCUGUCAAAAUGUGUAUGUCGAUUUGUCUCCUUAAUAGUUAAACUGAAACAUUAUUAAAACUAUAGCCGAAGGCUUCUGUCAAAAUGUGUAUGUCGAUUUGUCUCCUUCUUAAGUGGGAGCUUCAUGUAGUCAUAAAGAAAACAAUUAGAGAUCAAACUGGCCCUAGGCACAACGGAUACCACUUUUAAUGUACGACAUCUGAUAGCACUUAUAAUGUACAUAUAUUAUUUCAAACACGGUUAGCACUUCUAUUGUGUGUACAUUAUUGAUAAUGGUGGUGCAUUGAUAGCACUUGCACUGCACAUCAAUAACUACAAAGUAUUGAAAGAGAUGAGGUCUGUGUCUAUCUUACUUGCACUGCACAUCAAUAACUACAAAGUAUUGAAAGAGAUGAGGUCUGUGUCUAUCUUACUUGCACUGCACAUCAAUAACUACAAAGUAUUGAAAGAGAUGAGGUCUGUGUCUACUAUCUUACUUGCACUGCACAUCAAUAACUACAAAGUAUUGAAAGAGAUCAGGUCUUUGUCUAUCUUUCCUGUUUGUAGAAAAGUUUCAUCAUGUCUAAAGAAGUAUAAAAAAGUAUGAGCUGUAUUUAAUCUCUAAACCAAAACUGUUUAUUUUUGUACUUUUUGGUCUUUUUUGUGUCUUUAUCUGCAGACAUGAAUGCCAAACGUUUUUUUCCUCCAAUCCAGGUGUCGAGGUAAGUUACUAUAUUUUACUAUAUGUAUGAUUUACAUAUAUAUCUAGUCCCAUUCCCAUGCAGGGUCAGAGGCAACCAAUUAAAUCACUUUGGGGGCCCGUCCACAUGGGGGUCCCCAAGGGCGGGAUUUUUUAUAAUUUUUUUUUAACAUUUACAUUUGUGAUUUAUCGGGCCCAAAAAUCCUUUUCACAGCCCUGUCUAUUUCAAAUGUGUCAAGUUCACAUCUGUGUUUGAUCUACACAUUUCUUAUCCACAUAUAUCCAAGUACUAACUUAUGUUAGAAAAAUUACUUUUUUUUAUCUGUAAAACGACAGGAUUGAUCCAUAUUUAUAAAAAGGGAAAUGAUGUUUUAAUGAUGGUCAUUAUUGGUUAACGUAAUGAUUUUCUAGAUGGAUCUUGUCUUCUUUCCUUUUAUCUUUUGAAAGUUUGAAAGGCUUUUUUGUGCCUGUGGCCUCCCUUUAGGGGGUUUGUGUUCAAGGGCCCCCUCUAGCUGUCUAUUGAUUUCUGGCUUUCAAUAUAAAUCUUGAUUGACAUUAAUGGGCUUCUAUAAAAAUGGAGUCAGGUGGUUGACAUUUUACUUGGUGUGGGGUGUGAUGGGUUGGGGGUUUGGGGGGUUAGGGGUGUAGUAGGACAAGUGAACAUUUGAAAGACGGUUUUGAAGUAAUGGUGGUGUAGCAAGACACCAUUUUAACUUUGUCUUAAGCUGCACUGUUUGACUUUGUUUGAUAGCUGUGAAUUAUUUUCUGGUAGGACAUAAGGUGGGUUGUAUUGUUUUGUUGCGACAUGAAUGUCCACUUAUAGUUUGAAAUUAAAUUUAUUAUUUCAAUACACGUAAGAGUGAAUGAGGAUGGUUUUUUAUUUACUCACAGAGAGGACCACAAAGGGGCAAGCAUAUAAAUUAUGGUAGUCACAUUAAAAGGGGCAAGCAUAUAAAUUGUGGUAGUCACAUUAAAGUUCCUCAUUUAUUGUUUAACCAGAUUAUCGCUAUACCUCCCUGGCAAUAACAAGAUUAUCCCUAUACCUCCCUGGCAAUAACUAGAUUAUCCCUAUACCUCCCUGGCAAAUAUAUUAAAUGUUUUUAUGUUCACAGAGUUUGUGUUAAGUUUUGUUCCACUCCAGUUAGCACAAAAUGUCAAUAAAUUCAUAGCAGUGUAUUACUUGGCCUUCUCAAGAGCUUUUAUCCUGAGAUUAUCUUAAAUUAUAAAGGAAUUAAUAAGAUCUUUGUAAAGCAAAAAAUAACAGAAUGAAGUUAUUUCUGUUAGCAUCUCAUUGUUAUUGAAAUAACACAAAAAUAAUUAUUUUAAAUUUUUUUUUUAAACUUUACUUUUAAUAAUUGGAAGUAUUUUCAAAAGUUAUUAUAUUAAUAUAUUUUCUAUAUUUAAACUAAGGCAAAAGUGAAAAUAACUGACAGGUUUAUUUAUGACAGAGGCUUUGACAAAAGUUUUUUUCUUCUCCCCGUGUGUCCAAAGAAAGUGAUUACCAUUAUGCUGUGUUAAACAGUGGACUUCGGUGGGGCUAGAAAAUAUCAGUCCUUGUGAUUAAAGGACAGUUCCCUGAGUCUAUCCCAGGGAUGGCCAACCCUUUUAUCACAGAGGGCAGCCUGAGAAUAUCCCAGGGAUGGCCAACCCUUUUAUCACAGAGGGCAGCCUGAGUCUAUCCCAGGGAUGGCCAACCCUUUUAUCACAGAGGGCAGCCUGAGUCUAUCCCAGGGAUAGCCAACCCUUUUAUCACAAAGGGCAGCCUGGAAAUUAUUUUGUUCUUGUCUGGCUCAAUGAUAAUUUUCUUGGGUUCUAAGAGUUUAAUGUCAUAUAACUUGAAAGUUUUUUUAAAAAUAAUGUCAAAAUGAUUAAUAAUAGUGAGAUAACAAUUAAAUGAAGAGAAAUUUUCGUUGAAAGUUUUGUUUGUCUCCCCUUGUUUUGAAGCUCUUUACCAUUCAAAAACCAACUUAAACGUUUUUAGUUAUUAAAUAAAAAAUUUUCAGUAACAAAUUCAAGCUGUAAAUUGUAUUCCAUCUGUUGUUCUUAAAUGGUCCAAAAAUGGAGACUUCUUGACUUCCAAAUCUCAUCUUUGAAAAGAUAUAUGUUUUGAUUUUGGACAUUUCAUGUUCUUCUCAUCCUCAGUAUUAUCGAAUGAACAACCCUGAAAUGGGAUCACAUGUACCAUCUGGUGCUGUCAUGAUGGAGAACUGCGGCAACUUUGCAAGCAUGGGCCCCCCUGUGGUGUGUGCUGAUACGUAUGUUGGUGGUGGCGGCUGCUAUGAAUGUGUCAACACUGGAUACGACAACUUAUCUCCAGUGAGUGGUGGUGAGAUGGUUGUUUCUAAAACUUGCGGCACGGGUCAUGCUGACACCAAUCCCUGCUCUGCCGCUCGUUCAGUCAAAAACUCUCAGGACUACUCAGCCAACAAUAAUAAUUCUUUUGCUUCUGACAAAAAUAACACUAGGAAUAUCGCAAACAGCCGAGCAUGCAUCACUGAUCAGUUCAGUAUUGGUAAAAGUGCUAACAUUAAUGUUAGCCAGGAAAAUAAUGUAGAUAAAGUGAAUUGUGAGGAGUCCCUAGGAGAUUGUGGGAAAGACUCCCAGUCUAAGGAGAAUGAUGAGGACGAUGAUGUAAGUGAGGGAAUGGAUGUUGGUAGCGAUGGGGACAGCGGCUGCCCAAGUGAAUGUGCCGAUCUGUCCCCAGUCAGCGGUCCUGAUUCAUUCACUGCAUCUGAGUUGACUCAGUCUGAGACUGGGGACUCCACAUCUUUACUGGAACAAACCUCUACCGACAGUGGCAAACCCCGGGGUAAACGUCGCUACUAUAUGUACGGCAAUCAUAAACUUGUUAAGCCCAUCAAGGAGAUUCCGCUCCGGUUCCAAAUGUUAUUGGCAGAGACCAGUGCCGCAAAGGCGAGAUGUGAGGGUCAGCCGAUCUACAUGCAGCACUCUCCCCAAGCCCAGCAGCCCAUCUAUGACAUUGUAUACUAUCAGACUAAUGAUAACUCACAAGCCCAGCUUAAUGCUAAUGCUUCUUGCUUUUUCCCUACUCAGGAUGGUGGUGGUUGCGUUGAGUCUGGCAUGACAACCGCUUAUGUCCCUGAAUGUUAUGCUUCUGGCUACACUAACAAUGUCGCGCCUAAUCAAUCUAACCAUCCAACAUGCACGCAUGCUGCGCAAGCUCCUCCCUUAUUUGUGCCAGCUGUAUCAGGCUCCUCCCACUCUACCAGCACACAAAACUGUCAGACGAUUAUAGUCUAUUCGUCACACUCCACCCAGGCCACAGCAGGUCAGACUGCUCCCCCUUCCCCUCAGGUCCGUACAAUAAGCAUGCCGCCUCCUUUCCCGCCUCCCCCAAAUUUGCCCCCGCCUCCUCUUGACAUCAUUUCAUCAAGCACCUCCCCUUUAUCCCAAACAUGUAAUCAGUUAGUGAGAUCAGUAGCAACCAACAGUUGCCAGCCGAAAACAACAGCCAUGUAUGCUGAUCACCAUAUUGAAACCUACAAUAUGCAGACCUCUCAGGUUCCUAGCAAACCGCUGGGCCUUUUGAAUGUCCCUCCUCCAAACCUCCAGACCCAGCCAACUUUGCCUCCCAGUUCUAUGGCUCCUCCCACACACCACAACAUGGUUUCUCAUUACAGCACCCCUACAUACAUCUCUGUGCAGCCACCAACACAAGCCCCUGCCCCCCAUUUGAACGGUUCUGUCCACCAGCUACCCCCCCCUUCUAACCAUGGUGCUCCGCCUCCUGGAGCCUACCCAGUGGGAUCUUCCAAUCAUUACAUGUAUGUUUACCCAUCUCCUCCUGCAGGUCAGCCAGCCCCAAACCCUCAUGUGGUAUACAUGGUAAGCCCCGCCUACCCCUACAACCCAGUCUAUCAGCAGCAAGGUGUCCUAGUCCCAUCAAACUGUCCUGUUCCUGUGCAGUAGCAGUUCAAGAGAUGAAGACUGAAUCCUUUGCAAAUUUCAAAACAAUUUGUUGACUUAAAAUAUUUCAUUUUUGUUUUGUGUUUAGACAAUUUUUUAACUAAACCUCCUCCCCCCCCUUUUUCUUCCUCC